CAAAUCACCUCUUUCAAUUAUUGACCUGCAACAAAUCAAGUACUAUAAUUCUUAUUCUUAUUUUCAAAAAAAGAAAAUAGUAACCUCAUAUCGCAUUACCCCAUUUUUCUAUGAGCCAAAAAACCUUGAACCCUUGCACUCUCUCUAUCUCACCUAAACCCUUCGAAGUUUGAAUUAAGGAAGCACUGACCAAUUUUGUUUCUCAACAUGCGUAUUCCUCAUCGCAGCCCUCUCCACAAACUCUUCAAUUCAGAACAAUUUCUCAAAUCCACACCUUUCACAGCACUACCAAAAACCCCAUCUUCACCCACCCAUAGAAUCCCCUUUUCUGCUCUCCCUUCAAAACCCAUCUCCAGAAUUCACCCUUUGGAUCUCAGAACUUCUUGGACUCCAUAUGCCUCUUAUAUCAGUGUUCCUCCAUCAGUGCACUCGGACAACCCACGCGAUUCUGUUCAAAUGGGGGUUAUGAGGCGGAAGCUGAAGAAGUUUAGAUUUGAUAAUGAUUUUUGUAAACCUGGGCAGCAUCGCUUAAUUUGUCCUCAGUGCAAAGGUGGGGACUCUAGCAAGAAGAGCUUAACACUUUUCAUUCUUCCAGAUUGGAGUUCAGCAGUUUGGAAUUGUUUUCGGGCAAAUUGUGGAUUGAAGGGCAGUACACAGGCCUAUGCAGAUACUAAGUCAGGAAGCAUGAUUCGGAGCCCAAAAGUUAAGCACGAGAGAGAAAUUACAGAAGAGAGUUUGGAGUUGGAACCGCUCUGUGAUUCGGUUGUGGAAAUGAAGAAAUCAAAUAAGGAUGUGAAUGUGAAUGAAAUUAAGAGAAGAGAAUGGUCUGAAGAAAUGGAUGACAUACUACUUGAUGCACUACUGGAGCAACAAGAAAAUGGGAAUAGAGUUGAUGGAACUUUAGCAUCUCCUGUUGCAAAUUCAAAUGUUGUGAAGAUAUGCUCUCAAAAACUUGGCUAUCCGGUCGAUAAACAUGACGUGAAAAAUCGUAUGAUAACAUUGAAAAUGAAUUUUAACACGUGUUUCAAAUUAUUCAAAAAUUUAAGUGGGAUAUCAUGGAGUCCAGAAACAAAAUUGUUUGAGGCUGAACCAGAAGUAUGGAAGGCCCUCGUAGAGGCCAAACCAUCAGCUUCAAAAUGGAGGCACACCAAAAUAAACAAUUAUGGUAAGUUGUAUGAACUUUUUGCAAAAGAUAGAGCUAAUGAUCAAGGGUUUGUAUGUGCAAACGAAAAAGUUUGCACAUGGGCAACGGAUAAUGGUACCUCAACUGAUAGUAAUUUGGACAACUAUGAGUCAAAUUCAGAUUGUGGGGAGUCUUCAAAGGGUACAAAAAGAAAGGGUCUAAUGGUUGGUUUAUUUGGGAAAGAAAUUGAAGUAAUUGGAUCUGGAAUUAACAAAGUAGCCGAGACAAUUGAAAAAAGAAAUCUUGUCGCUGAGAGGGGACUCGAAAUUGCAGCAAAGAUAGUUGCAAUAGCUGAGAAAGCACGAGCUGAUUAUCAUUCAGACGAAGAAGUAUUUGCGGAACUGGUAAACAUUGGAGUUCCUGAUUGUAUUCAGUUGGAUGCAUUUUUGUUCCUUCUCAAAUGUUCCCAGCACAAAAGCGCAUUUUUUGGUGUUCCAUCUGAGCGGCGUCUGGAAUUGCUAUAUAAGAUGAUGGAAGUCCUGCGAGGAAAAAAUCCCAAGAAGAGUCAAGCAGGAUACAAUCCACCACCAGCAAUCCCUCUUCCUCCGCGCGCCACUCUAUUUUUUUCUCUUAUUACUUGUCAUUAUGCCAGUAAUAUCUAUUCUGGUCAUUUCAAUAUGUGUAGUAAUUCAGCAGUUUGGAAUUGUUUUCGGACAAAUUGUGGAUGGAAGGGCUGUACACAGUAUGCAGAUAGUAAGUCAGGAAGCAUGAUUCAGAACCCAAAAGUUAAGCACAAGAGAGAAAUCACAGAAAAGAGUUUGGAGUUGGAACCACUAUGUGCUGAGAUACUUGACUAUUUUGCUGAAAGAAAGAUAUCAGGGGAAACAUUGAGAAGAAAUUGUGUAAUGCAAAGAAAAUUGGAUGAUAAGAUUGUCAUUGCAUUUACUUAUCGACAAAAUGGAGCACUUGUGAGUUGCAAAUACCGUGAUGUCAACAAAAAGUUUUGGCAGGAAAAGGAUACUGAAAAGAUAUUCUAUGGACUUGAUGAUAUAAGCAACACGAGUGAUAUAAUCAUUGUUGAGGGUGAAGUAGACAAACUUGCAAUGGAAGAAGCUGGUUUCCGGAAUUGUGUGUCGGUCCCUGAUGGUGCAGCACCUCCAGUUUCCACUAAAGAAUUUUUUCAAUCUGCAGACCAGGACACAAAGUAUCAGUAUCUGUGGAACUGCAAAGAGUACCUUGAGAAGGCAUCUCGCAUAAUUCUUGCCACUGAUGGGGAUCGACCUGGUCAAGCCUUAGCUGAAGAGCUUGCACGCCGUCUUGGAAGAGAAAGAUGCUGGCAAGUCAGUUGGCCAAAGAAUUUCAAAGAUGCAAAUGAGGUGCUCAUGUUUAUGGGACCUGAUGCGCUGAAAAAAGUCAUUGAGAAGGCUGAGUUAUAUCCUAUAAGGGGAUUGUUCAACUUUAAAGAUGACUCUGAUGAGAUUGAUGCAUAUCAUCAUUGAAAUGUUGUGGAAAUGAAGAAAUUAAUUAAGGAUGAGUCAAAUUCACAAUGUGGGGGGUCUUCAAAGGGUACAAAAAGAAAGGAUCUAAUGAUUGAUUUAUUUGAGAAAGACAUUGAAGCUAUUGGAUCUGGAAUUAACAAAGUAGCAGAGGCAAUUGAAAAGGGAAAUCUUGUUUCUGAGCGGGGACUCGAAAUUGCAGCAAAGAUGGUUGCAAUAGCUGAGAAAGCACGAGCUGAUUGUCAUUCAGACAAAGAAGUAUAUGCGGAACUAAUAAACAUUGGAGUUCCUGAUUAUAUUCAAUUGGAUGCACUUCUAUUCCUUCUCAAUUCUUCUCAGCACAAAAGCGCAUUUUUUGGUGUUCCGUCUGAGCGGCGUCUGGAAUUGCUAUAUAAGAUGAUGAUGAGAUAAUUCAAUACUCUUAGAAGCAAUCUUGGUGCUGACCAACAAGUUUCUGGGCCUCAGCAGAGACAUUGUACCUUUUUUCAGAGCUUCCUCCCUAUGGAGAAUGUGGUUUCUGCCAUGGGUCGUCAAAUUUUAGCCGAGUUCUUAGGCAUAGAUAUGGUAGCAUGCUAGCAGUAUUUGUAAUAUAUGCUCUAAGUUGGUGUGUUUAUGUUUGUUCCUUCUCCGUAUGAGGGGGCUGUUUUUCCCAGCUACGGUGCAUAUCUUGAUUGGGUUUUGCAUGCUACAAUUGGGGGUUAUUUUUGUAGCUUCUGUGAUGACCACUCCUUUUGUGAACUUAAAUAAUUAAAGAAGCUAGGGAAAAAAAAGGUGAAUGAUAAUGGUGACCACAUUCUCCACAGGGAGGAAGCUCUUGCCACUUGCCAUUGUUUCUCUUUCUUCUAACUCUCAGUCUGCUCUUGUUUCUUCAUAAAAAAUAUUACAGAAAGAAACAUGGAGCAAAUCCUGUUACUGUAACCUACGCGAGCUUGAUAACUCAGCUCCACAUCAGUACCUAUGGCAACUCUCCACAAAAUAUGGCCCUCUCAUGACCCUUCAACUCGGUUUCGUUCCAACCCUUGCGGUUUCUUCAGUAAAGAUGGCUAAAGAGGUCCUGAAAAGGGGGAUAAAAAGUUCUUUUUAGAUGUUACAAUGGAUAAAUGCAAUAUUAUUUGUAUUAACUAUUAAGAUUUCAAUUAUAAUCACUUAUGAUCACGGAAUUCAGCGUGCAU